AUGGCUGUAAACUCGAAGGAAGAAAAUGGUAAUAUCAAGGCGAAGCCUAUUGUAGACUUGGGGAUUCUCGAGGCAGACGAUGAUUUUGAGGAAUUUCCUGCUGAUGAAUGUGCCGCUUGUCCUAACGAUGAUAACGGCGAAGUUUCACUUUGGGAAGACAAUUGGGAUGAUGACAUCGUGGAGGAGGAUUUUUCGAAUUCGCUAAGAGCUGAGUUUCAGAAAUUGGGCAAAGCUUUCGUGCUUCCCGAAAUUGUCCCGUCAAAGUUGUAA